AUGUAUUUAUAAAUUAUUGGAAUAUUGAAUCUCUUGACUCUAUCAAACUAAUUCGAACCACUCUGCCACAAGAUAUUGUCUAAAUAAAUACACGACUCUUUGCCUGUGAACUAAUACAUACUAUCAGGCUAAUUGCCAGUGAAAGAUGACUCCCAUUCAUAUUUGGCUUUCAUAUUCUAUGGUUCGCAAUAUGCAUCAAAUUUAUAAGUAAAUUUAUGUUACUCAUGGUAAUAGCAAUUAAACAACUAUAACACAAUCGUUUGGUUCAAUGGCGGUCCUGGAACUUCAUCACAAUUGGGGAAUUAUUUUGGCUUGGGACCAAUAAAUUUUAACGAAAAGGAGAAAUUAGAGAAGAAUCAAUACUCUUGGAAUACUAGGUUCAAUAUGCUCUUUGUCGAUUAACCAAUCGGAGUUGGCUAUUCCUACGCCUACACAAAAGAUGAAAUACCUAACAAUUUAGAUGAAAUUGCAUAAUAAUUCAAUUACGCUUUGGCAUCAUUUAUAGGGAAGUGUCAACUCUAAGAAUUAUCAAAGGAAUCGAAGUGGUUUUUUGCUGGGGAAAGCUAUGCUGGAAAAUAUAUACCUGCAAUUGUUUAUGAUCUUUUGAAAUAAUAGGAACCUAUUGUAAACGUUUAAGGAGUUAUUUUAGGCAACCCUUGGACUGAACCAACAGCCAUAAUAAGUGAAAUGAGUUCAUACGCAUUUAACUUAGGCUUAAUUGAUCUUUAAGAGAGAUAAAAAUUAGACAAAAUCCUAUUAAAAACAAUUCACAAUAUCAAAAGUGAGGAAUUCUCAAAAGUAUCAGAUAAUUUAUAAGCUUAUUUUACAGAAUUAACAAAAAUGAGUGGAGGAAUGAAUUAUUAAAACAUUCGAAAGUUUGGAUCAUAUGCUAAACAAAAUUAAAAGUUGGAAUCCUAUUUGAAUUCAGAGGCAGUCAAGAACUUAUUUAAAUUUCCAUUGGCUGUCACUUUCACUUUGACAUAAAAUGAAUAUGAGAAAUAAGGCGAUGUGUAUUUGGCCUUAAAAGACAAUAUCGGAUAGAGUGACGCAAUUCAAAAAUUGGAAUUCAUUGUUUCCAAAUUUCCAGUCUUUAUUUAUAAUGGAUAGAAUGAUGCUCUAUGCACUAAUUCCGGAACCCAGAGGUGGAUUAAUAGGAUUCAUUACAAGGAGAGAAAUGAGUUCCUAAAUUAAAACUUUAAUACCAUUUAAUUUAAUAAUAGAACCAUCGGGUAUAAAAAAAUGGUUGGCAAUCUUGGCUUCGCGAUUAUCAAUGAUGCUGGUCAUCAGGUUCCACGAGAUAAGCCAUAGGAACUAUUCACUAUCAUAAAUGAAUUCAUUGAUGUAUGA